CACAAACAACACAUCUUAGUUUACAAACAGCUGAUUCGUAAAAUUUUUAUUUAAUAAUAUUUUGUGCGCAUAUAUUUUCCAACCAAAUUGCACAGAAAGUGUAAAUUUUUAAAAUGACUUUAGAUGCACAUAAAGGAGAAGAUAAAUUGUUGACCACUAUUCAACAGGAAUAUAAAAUACUGGCAGAGUACAAAAUGAUUGAAUCCGAAAAAAUAGGCGGGGUCUAUGUUAUACCGUCAUAUGGAAACUCGCUUUUAUGGUUUGGUGUCAUAUUUGUGCGACAAGGAUUUUACGUUGAUGCAGUUUUUCGUUUUACAAUACUAUUGCCUGAUAAAUUUCCCGACGAUAAGACAUUGCCUACCGUUAUCUUCCAAAAUGAAAUCAUACACCCACUCAUUUGCCCUUAUACCGGUUCUUUGGAUAUUUCAUGCGCUUUUCCUUAUUGGCGUACUGGCGAAGACCACAUUUGGCAGUUACUGAAGUAUAUACAAGCGAUAUUUAACGAUCCCAUUGAGUGCACACGCCUUGCCGCUACUGGUGCCAAAUAUAACAAUGCCGAGGCAGCAGAAUUACUUUCACAGAAUCGUGCUGAAUUCAUAGCGCGAGCUAAAGACUGUGCUGGGUCCAGUAAAGAACGUAUUUAUGAUGAACCACCCACUGAGGAUCCACAUUAUAUAGUGUUUGAAAAAUUCGACACAGAUAUUCAUGGACCAAUAAAGGAGCGCAUAUGUUCGGGCAAAGAUCUACCAGAAAGCCCCACUGUGCCAUCAAAUGGGCUUUCAUGGGUAAAGGAAGGUGAAUUCAAACCGCUAAGCGUUGAGUAAUAAAAUUUAGCGUUGUAGUAUUUAGUUAUUAAAAUGUUAAGUAUUAAUUAAAUUGUAUAAUCAGUAGUUAGCAAUAAUUUCUAGUUAUUUACAAAAACAAUAAAAAAUAGUUCUAAACUUUAACAAUA